AUGAAGACUAUUUCAAGCGGCUCGACCCAAAACACCACACCAGCGCCGUCGCAGCAGGCAAAAAGGAAUUAUUGGGCUGAAGACAGCAAAAUGUCAGAAAUCCCUACCUUGAUUAGUGAUUCCAAAGUGGAUUUAACUGGACAAGUGGCGGCACCUCCUAGUGCUUAUGUAGCUCAGCCUGUUGCAAAUUUAGAUGCCCUAAAUCAACAAUUAGCGCUCCCUACGAAGCCUGAGCCAGGUAUUGACUUGUCUAUAUUAACAUCUGUUGUAUAAAGACUCAUAAAAUUAUUUUUUGGAAAAAUAAUAGCAAAAUUUCUAAUGGGAAAGACCACAAAAAGUGUCUGCAGAGGCAAUUUAUACUGAUAAAAAAUCUUGGAGCCGUUGUAAAACCGCUUGAUCAAUGCUAUGAGCCUGACGAGAUAUGGGAAAGCCAACAUUUAAUUAUGGAAGUUUCACAGUUAAUAAGAAAAGAUAAAGAAAAUGUGGAAAAGGAUGAAGAUUAUCAGUUCCAGGUAUAUCAAAACCAAGUUUUAGAUUAA